AAAACAUACCAAACCUUCCGUUCAAAUCUUCAAUUCUCACUAUGCUUGGUAGUUCUCAUACUUUCCUGUUACCGUUAGUUGUCUCUGUUGUGAUUAUGCUCGUCUAUCCAUCCUUCAACCAAAAGGCCUGGUCAUGGGAAUGCCCAGCUUUCUCAGAGUUUUCACCGGCAAUGGCAAUGUUCAUGCUUCUUCUCAGAAUUCCCUUCAGGAAAAUCUUGUCUACAGACCACACCCUACUCGUCGACAUGGGUUGUUGCGAAUUUCAAUUUUCGCUUUUCUUGGGCGGAUGAUGUCCAGAAAGAAAAUUGAUGGAGGCUCGCGGACUGAAGAAGAAGAGAAGGUAUACUCUUGGUUAUAUGCGUUGUCCCGGACAGAGAAGAACUUGACCUUUGAGUACGUUCGAUCAACUGAAAGGGGGUUGAGCUUCAGUGAUGCUGAGCGGAGACUGAGGGAAAAUGGUCCGAAUGUCCCUCUUGAUUAUUCAUUUCCUAGUUGGUGGCAUCUAUUGUGGAAUGCUUUUUUUCAUCCUUUCAAUAUUAUUCUGGUUGUAUUGGCUUCCUUGUCAUUUUUGGCCAAUGACAGCCUUAAUGGAUGUAUCAUGCUUGUGUUGGUCUUUAUUAGUGUGUCACUUCGAUUUUACCAGGAAAAUGGAAGCUCAAAAGCAGCAAUGAAGCUAUCAGAAUUUGUAAGAUGUCCAGUCAAAGUUCAAAGAUGUGCAGGAAGAGUUGUUCAAACAGAAUUACUGGUUCAAGUUGAUCAAAGAGAUAUUGUUCCUGGGGACAUCAUCAUACUUGAGCCUGGUGACCUUUUCCCUGGAGACGUAAGGCUAUUGACUUCUAAACAGUUGGUUGUAAGUCAGUCGUCAUUAACAGGCGAGUUUGGGACAACUGAGAAAACGGCUGAUAUAAGAGAAGAUCAGAGCACUCCUUUGCUGGAAUUAAAAAACAUUUGUUUUAUGGGGACUAGCGUGAUAUCAGGUUGUGGAACUGGUCUUGUUGUUUCAACUGGAUCCAACACUUACAUGAGUACCAUGUUUUCAACCAUUGGGAAGCAGAAGCCACCAGAUGAUUUUGAGAGAGGCAUUAAGCGCAUAUCUUAUGUGCUUGUCUCUGUUAUGCUUGUAGUAGCUAGUAUUAUGAUCUUACUUGAUUAUAUCACUUCACGUGAUGUUAGCCAGAGUAUAUUGUUUGGAAUCUCAGUUGCAAGUGCUCUCACUCCCCAAAUGCUUCCGCUUGUAGUUAAUACGAGUCUUGCAAAAGGAGCCGUUGCUAUGGCAAAAGAUAGAUGCAUUGUUAAAAGUCUUACAGCCAUACGGGAUAUGGGGUCUAUGGAUAUUCUCUGCAUUGACAAGACGGGUACACUGACCAUGAACAGUGCAAUUAUGGUUAAUCAUUUUGAUACCCGGGGAUCAACCAAGGAAAAUGUUCUGUAUUAUGGUUUUCUCAAUUCCUACUUCAAGACACAACAAAAGAAUCCGCUUGAUGAUGCAAUAUUGGCAUAUGUCUAUACCAAUGGUUAUCGAUUUCAGUCAUCCAAAUGGACCAUGGUAGAUGAGAUUCCAUUUGAUUUUUCCAGAAGAAGAGUGUCUGUGAUACUAGAAACAUCAUCAAAUCUUGAACAUCAGAAUAGUAGUAGUCCAAACAGAUUUGUGAUAACCAAAGGUGCAUUGGAGGAAAUCACAAAGGUGUGUUCCUUUAUUGAACAUACUGAUGAUGAAAGAAGCGAAAUUGCAGCUUUUACAACUGAAGAUCAUUACAGAAUUCUGAGUCUGGGAGAGGAACUAAGCAAUGAUGGACUCCGUCUCAUUGGAGUGGCAAUGAAGAAGCUAGUCAAAGAUGCAGGGAAAAGAAUUGUAGCCUAUGAUGAGACUGUUGAAUCUGAAAUGGUGUUCAUCGGUCUGAUAUCUUUCUAUGACCCCCCAAAAGAUUCUGCAAAACUUGCAUUGUGGCGAUUGGCUGAAAAGGGUGUUAAGGCAAAAGUGCUAACUGGUGAUUCCCUUUCUCUUGCAAUCAGAGUUUGCAAGGAAGUUGGGAUCAGGACCUCGCAUGUAACUUCUGGACCGGAGCUUGAGUUGCUUGAUCAGGACUCCUUCCAUGAGACAGUCAAAAGAGCAACAGUACUAGCGCGACUCACUCCCACCCAGAAACUUAGAGUCGUUCAGUCCCUACAAACGGUGGGAGACCAUGUCAUUGGGUUCUUGGGAGAUGGUGUAAAUGACUCUCUUGCUCUUGAUGCUGCCAAUGUCGGAAUAUCAGUUGACUCAGGAGCCUCAAUUGCAAAGGACUUUGCCGACAUUAUAUUGCUUGAAAAAGACUUGAAUGUCCUUGUUGCUGGAGUUGAAAGAGGUCGGGCAACUUUUGCAAACACCAUGAAGUACAUUAAAAUGUCUGUCAUUGCUAAUGUGGGAAGCAUUCUUUCUCUUCUCAUAGCCAAUCUAGUUUUUGGUUUUGAGCCAUUAACUCCAAGGCAACUUGUUACACAGAAUUUCUUAUACAAUGUUGGCCAAAUUGCAAUUCCAUGGGACAAAAUGGAAGAUCAUUAUGUGAAAACCCCACAGAGAUGGUCCCUUAAAGGUCUAGCUGUCUUCAUCUUAUGGAACGGACCAGUCUGUACCAUUUGUGACAUAGCGGCUCUCAUGUUCCUUUGGCUUUAUUAUGGGAGAGGUGACUCUACCGUGAUGGAUUAUAUGCUGUUUCAUUCUUGUUGGUUUGUGGAAGGGCUUCUUAUGCAGACUCUCAUAAUCCACUUGAUCAGAACAGAGAAGAUCCCCUUCAUUCAGGAGAUAGCCUCGUGGCCUGUCAUCUGUAGCACACUUGUCGUAUCUUCCAUUGGGAUUUCCAUUAUUUACACUCCAAUUGGAACUGUUAUGGGUUUUGAGCCCUUGCCCAGUUCAUACUAUGGCUUUUUGGUUCUACUCUUCUUGGGGUAUUUUACAGUUGGACAAAUUGUCAAGAGACUGUACAUUUUCUACUACAAGACAUGGCUUUAGGAGGACUGCUCAGCUCAGCCCAGCCAAGCCACACCAGACUAAAACCUCUGUAACCUAAUUUAUUUUCGGCAUACUGUAUGAGUAGUGUCUAUGCAGUUGCCAUAUCGACACACAUAAUUCCAUAUUGUAGACUGACAGGAAGCUGGUAUAGAUUUUUCAUGAGUGCAAUUGUCAAAACACACUGUUCAGAGUUGCUUUUAUGUUCUGUUUCAUGCAAUGUCAUAUAGUUUGCCCUCAAGACUACACUAGUGGAUAGUGGUACCUAUCAUGAACUAAUUAAUUAUUCUUUCGACUUGAUUUAC